UUGCUUUGGCGCCGUCUGGGGAGCACGGUCCCGCGGGUGGCGCGCGGCGCAAGGUGGCGGCUCCUCUCGGAGCGCAGCCGACCCGCUGACCCGGACUCCGUUUCCCCUGCCCGGGGCGUCCCGUCGGCCGGCUGGAGGCCGAAACAGCAGCAGCAUUAGCAGCAGCAGCGGGCGCGGCUGCUCCGCCGCCGCCGUCUCCGCGGGAGCAUGGAGUGCGCCCUGGACGCCCAGAGCCUGAUCAGCAUCUCCCUGCGCAAGAUCCACAGCUCCCGAACCCAGCGCGGCGGCAUCAAGCUGCACAAGAACCUCCUGGUGUCCUACGUGCUCCGCAACGCGCGCCAGCUCUACCUGAGCGAGCGUUACGCCGAGCUCUACCGGCGCCAGCAGCAGCAGCAGCAACAACAGCAGCAGCAGCAGCAACAGCAGCAGCCGCCCCACCACCAGCACCAGCACCUCGCGUACGCAGCGCCGGGCAUACCGGCCAGCGCGGCCGACUUCGGCCCGCUCCAACUUGGCGGCUGCGGGGACGCGGAGGCGCGCGAGCCGGCCCCUCGGCACCAGCUGCACCAGCUCCACCAGCUCCACCAGCUGCACCUCCAGCAGCAGCUGCACCAGCACCAGCACCCGGCGCCCAGGGGCUGCGCGGCGGCGGCGGCCGGGGCGCCCGCGGGCGGCGCGGGGGCGCUCUCCGAGCUGCCCGGGUGCGCCGCGCUCCAGCCGCCGCACGGCGCGCCCCACCGCGGGCAGCCCUUGGAGCCGCUGCAGCCGGGUCCUGCUCCGCUGCCGCCGCCCGCGCCCGCCGCGCUCUGCCCGCGGGACCCUCGCGCCUCGGCCGCCUGCUCCGCGCCCUCUGUGCCCCCUGGGGCCGCCCCUCAGGCCGCUGCCGCCGCCUCCCCUUCCACCUCCCCGGCCCCCGCCUCCUCCCCCGGCUUCUAUCGGGGCGCGUACCCGGCCCCCUCGGACUUCGGCGUGCACUGCAGCAGCCAGACCACCGUGCUGGACCUGGACACUCACGUGGUGACCACGGUGGAGAACGGCUACUUGCACCAGGACUGCUGCGCCUCCGCCCACUGCCCCUGCUGUGGCCAAGGCGCCCCGGGACCGGGCCUGGCGUCCGCUGCCGGCUGCAAGCGCAAGUAUUACCCUGGCCAGGAGGAGGAGGACGACGACGACGAGGACGCGGGCGACCUGGAGGCCGAGCCCCCCGGGGUCGCCCCGUUUGCCCCCUGCAAGCGCGCCCGCUUCGAGGACUUCUGCCCGGACUCGUCCCCGGACGCGUCCAACAUCUCAAACUUGAUCUCCAUCUUUGGCUCGGGCUUCUCGGGGCUGGUGAGCCGACAGCCGGACUCCUCGGAGCAGCCGCCGCCGCUCAACGGGCAGCUGUGCGCCAAGCAGGCGCUCGCCAGCCUCGGCGCCUGGACUCGAGCCAUUGUCGCCUUCUAGGGACCCCUGAGGGCACGGGGACCCGGGGCCCCGCGGGGCUGGGGCCAGACAAAGACUCGGCCAAGGGGCGAGAGGAGGGAAGGAACGGGCGCCCGGCCACUCGGGGCUGAGCCGGGGACGACCAGGGGGAGGCGGCUGAUGUUUUAUAAAUUGUAAAAUAAAAAAAAAGAAAUCUAA